CCGAAAGUCACGUGACCCUGGAGUCAGCGUUAGCAGAGCUGAUAAAAGUGACAAAUUUGAGCUUAUUGACCUCCAGACCUUCUUACCCAGACUGAAGGGAAUCCUAGACUACUAAACUCGAACUAUUUUUUCUAUUACCUCGCUAACACUGCAUUAUAAAUUUCGCCUGUCCGUUUUUUUAUUUUAAUUUUUUUUGCUUCGUUGUGAUACCAACGUUAGCCUAGCUAGCUAGCACGGCUCUGCCAACCGUUGCUAACUAGCUGCUUGUUGUGUUGUUGCUGUGAUUUUAGUUUUUCUCGGCGAAGAAAGAUGAUGCCUUUUGGCGAACGGUCACGGAGAGUGACGGGAAUGAUGUUCCUUCUCAUUAUAGCUGCUGUCUUGCAUCACAGUUUUGCCGCUUUGUCUGCUACCACAAUGGCCCCCGCCCAAACCACCGCUGCGCCUCACACAGACCCCGGGCGGCCUGACAGAGGAACGUACAACGUGACCAACGGCAACAACACAGUUUGCUUACUGGCUUAUAUGGGCCUCCAGCUCAACAUCACCUACAACUCCACCUCCCAGGGGAAGAUCAUUACGGAGGUUGUGAACAUUAAGCCCAACGUUACACAAGCCUCAGGCUCCUGUGAAGCAGAGAGAGCUGUGCUGGAGCUGAAAACGGAUGCAAAUAAAACCACCCUGACCUUCGUCUUCACUCUGAAUACUACUUCCAGUAAGUACCACCUGAGUGAGGCGUCUCUGACAACGACUGUGUCCGAUCCUAAAGUGGGUAACUUCUCUGCCAGGAACAGCAGCCUGGACUCCCUGCAGGGAACUCUUGGUUUCUCCUACAUGUGCCGCAUGGAGCAAACCCUGACCGUGUCCCAGAACCUGUCAAUCAACACCUUCCAGGUGCAGCUGCAGCCCUUUGAGGUGUCUGGAGAUAAGUUUGGAGCAGCUGUGGAAUGCCAGCUGGAUGAAGAUAACAUGUUGAUCCCCAUCAUAGUCGGAGCAGCUCUGGCAGGACUCGUCUUCAUCGUACUCUUGGCCUACCUCAUCGGCAGGAAGAGGAGCCACGCCGGCUACCAAACCAUCUGAGCUCAUGGAUCUCACACUGAUGCUGGAGCGGGCUGCUCUACUCCUGAAUUUAACCACUCAACCUUUCCCCCUCUCUGUCCCUUCAUCCUCUAUCUCUCUGUGUGCUUGCUCUUCUUCUUCGCCUUCAUCAGUAACACUAGACAUCUGCUUUCUGAGCUAACUUUCUUUCAAUACUAAAGGGACUCUGCUGGGAGAUGGUACUGAGAUUAUUAAAACUCUUCACUGGUACCCAGUAAAGCAGGGGAUGCAUGUUGAUCAGGGUGUCACGCUGCGUUCUUCUAUUUUAUGAUUUCUGUGAAAGGAAUGCAGAGGAAUUAUGGAAUCGGAGCAGAUUAUUAUUUCACCUUUUCUCGGGUGGCCAUUUUUUUUUUUUAUCGGUCUUCCCAAAGGUUAGUUUGAUUAAAAAGGGAAUAUGUCUGCCAGUUACAUUUCAUUUAACACUAACAUUUGUAGGUCCUGUGGUUCUGUUUGCUAAAAGGGAAAGAUGUUGCACUGAACAAAAGAUUUCCAAAUGGCCAAACGCUUGUGUUGAUCGGUGCCUUCCCAGCUGUGAGGUGGGUGGGAUCCAGUUCAAGCCAAUAUUACAGAGGAAGACCCUCACUGAGACAGUGUGCUGCCAUGUAGGAGACAUCUCACAUAGCCUCCAUGUACUGUUACGGCAACUAAAACAUGCAUCGUUUCAAGGUACAAUAAAUACUUAUUUAUGCUUU